AUGCAGGACCAGGUAAGUGUUGAGCGCACUCGUAUAAAGGCCGGUUUAAAAYGAGAUGAGAGUAUUAAGCGUAUUCGUGCGAUGCACGACCUCGCAUUGCGUUGUGAUCAGGACCCAAGCCUAGUGGACCAGUUAUCACUUCUUAUUGGUGAAAUCGAUGACGUAUGGUCGAAAUUUACUUUCGACAACGACGCGCUGCUCGAUAGUUUGAUAUACUUAGGUCGGGAACAAGAGUAUCCCAUUGAUCAAGUCGCAGAGCUUCGCGAUUUGAUCUCGGUUUCCCGUGCGAUCCUCAAUCGACACAGGUCAGAUCGUAGUUUUGAUGUGUCUAGUCGUCGAGAUUCGUUGACAUCCGUCGCGAGCCAAGAAUCUGUGAAUAAGUUACACCCCAAUGACGACYCAAAAGGUAAUAUUAAACCUAUUGUUAGCGAGGCGGCGCGUAAUCCGACAACGAUAAUUGAACGUAAUAAAACAAGUAGCGGCGAUCGUACCAUUUCUGUUCCUCGAAAUAUGUCGUACUCAAAACCAUCCCGGUUGUCGGAGAUGCCAUUGCCUAUCUAUUACGGUGAUAUAUUUAAAUGGUUGAUGUUUCGUGAUCACUUCGUGUCCAUGGUUGAUCGGGACCCUAAUAUUACGGAUAUAGAUAAAUUUUAUUAUUUAACCGGUUGUUUGAGGGAUAAAGCGUUAGAAGCAAUUUCAGGCAUACCGGUAUGCGCAGAUAAUUACGCACUUGCGUGGUCCACAUUAUCGGCGCGUUUUGACAGACCACGUUUAGUAGCUUCGUCGCUCAUAGACAAAUUKUUAUCGGCACCGAAAUCAUCGAACGAAACAUUGUUCGAACUAAAUAACUUUCUAUUGGUUUUUGACGAGGGAAUCUCAGUUCUCAAUUCAAUGRACCUCCCGAACCUCGGUGAUUUUAUUUUAUUUUCGGUCGCGUCGCGCUGUUUGCCGUCGUACACGAUCAAGCUUUUUGAAGCUCAAUUGUCGAGUAGGUUUCCAACCGUUAGUGAUCUGUUAUCGUUCGUUAAAUCCCGUGUCAACGUACUUGAGUGUGUGCCAAACGAUGCGGCACGCAAAGCAGUAAAGCUCUCAGUGCCACCAAAACAAUCGUACACUUCGAAACCUUCCGUGCCCGGCUUUAAUCAUUCUAAGCGGCCACAAUCAACAUCGUUAGUGUCUAGUGCAGCGUCGUCAAAGCCAAAGGRAUCAURUUCUAUUUGUAAGGGCUCCCAUGUUGUGACUUCGUGUCAGAAAUUUAUCGGUUGGUCCGUAGAAACCCGUGAAAAUUGGGCCCGUGAAAAUCGAUGUUGUUUUCGUUGCUUGCGCGUUGGUCAUUGGUCUCCAGAUUGCAAGUCACCGGUAAAUUGUGACAAGUGCUCUCGCCGACACCACCCGUUGUUACAUCAGGUCGUUACAGUUGCUAUGGCGAGGAGUCACAGUCCAACGCCCGACAAUCGGCAGUCACGCGACGCCCUUCCCGCGCAGUCGUCUUGCGUCGGCAGUGGUUCUCAGCAGUCAUCGUCCGUCAUUUUAGGGACCGUGUUAGUCCACAUUCGUGACUGCGGAGGUGUGUUACACACCGUACGUGCUCUAGUUGAUUCUGCUUCGCAGAUUAGCGCGAUCACCGCCGACUGUUCCUCCCAACUGGGAUUACGAGUAACUCGUUGGACCGCCCCUAUUUCUGGUCUAUCUG